GCCCUGUCAGGGGCUCUGAGCUCUCCCUGGAUCCUUCUCUUCUCCAGGUGAGCCCCCCCCAGCUCUCCCAGCGUGCCCUAAACCACCACAGAACUGCCCCCCUCUUUGACCAAGGGACAUGCAAUUUGUCUUUCCCGCUAAUGAAAAUUAUGUCAUUCCUCUGGAUGUUGGAGCAAUCCAAGUUUCACAUCAAGGACAUGUUAAGGGCCCUUUCUUGCCUGCUCUGCUGGAAAUUCGGGGAUCUACCACAGCCCAGGGUUCACCACAUGAGAUGUGAUGUUGGCCAGCAGAGGGGAUUUGCCAGCAGACUGCUUUGAAGUGCUCAGUAACCAGAAUCAUCUCCUUCCCUAGAUGCAGGUGGGUCAGUACACCUCUUACCUCUUGGGCAGAGAAGCUUUCCUUUGUGUCAUCUCCCCUGGAGUACUCCACAUUUUUAAAUUAAUAUUUUUAGGAAGAAAUUAUAAACCUUUUGUACAUUCAUGUCAGAUAGUCCCACCUGUAGCUGCUUGCAGCAGGCACAGCAUUUUAGUAAUCUGCAGUUUUGACCAUAAAAGACUACAGUCUUUCCUACUCAUUAUUGAUGAUAAACCUUUUUAUUAAGCUUAUUUUGUCUGGAAUAGUUCUCUGAGGUCCCUUCCAGUUAAUUUUCCUGUCUCUGAUAUCCAUGGAUGGAGAAAAGAAUUUGAUUAUGUAGUAUCUUUUGUAUAAUCACAAGGCCAUAGCCAUGCAUCCGUUUAGCUGUAAAUAUUUUUGAAAUUAGAAUUGAUACUGACAGAGAGGAAGAUACUUGGGGCAAUACAGGCUUAAAUGUUGGAUUAAACCCUGAAUUCAGAGCACCUUUGAGUAAACUAAAGGGGCACUCCCACCAGGUGCAGUCACAUGAGCUACAGGCAGGAGUGAUGCCCAGGGAGGUACUUUGUCAGGCACAGUGGGCCACAACCUUUUGCUCUGCAUUGUGAAGAGUGACAGCAGUAGUAUUUUUCAUCAUUUUAAUGGAAAGAUAAAUUAAUCUUUUAAAAACAUAAUGAAAUAUCUUCAACUGUAUCCAGUGUUUACUUUCUUGGCAAAGCUUGAAAUUAUUUUAGGGGAAUCUCAUAUACACCUAUGUCAGCCUAUGUUUGGGGACUCCCUUUGAUGGUUGUUGCUGAUGUUGAAGACAGGAAAGCAACAAGAACGUGAACUGAGACCAUGCAGCAGCAGCCAAGAUUUAUCUAUGUUCACCCCUUGUACAGUGGCUUCGAAUUUCCCGUACGAUCGUGAUUGGCUAAAGGUCUUAGCUCUGCCCGGCUCACUGGCCAAUGAUACGGUUCAAUGAUUCGUGGUUCAAAGGGAUUGGCUGGGGUCCCCUUGUUUGAGCUUGAAUUCAGCCAAUCACUUUCAUACCUGGGACUUGUUUACUUCUAUUAUCUAACAGCUAGGCUGGUCCAAAUUACCUAUGCAGCUACAGACGAGCUGGAGCUGUCACAGCAGGUGACUUUGGAUAUUUCUUUUCUUAUUGGUCUCAGCCUUCUUACUGCUCUUUUCUUUCGGUUCCUGACUUUAAGCAGCACAUCCCUGCAUUCACAGCACUUAUGUGAUGCCACCCAAUUACUGCUCCCUGGGCCUUUAUCUGCACUGGUGUUACCAGGCUCGCUUGUGCUGGGCUCAAGCCCCUGUCCUUUGCUCUUUCUUGUGACAUCAUCAUUCAUCCCUAGCCUUCCAACCUUUAGAUUCCUUUUUGAACCUUCCUGCCACAGGUUUCACUUUCUCUGUCCACAGCUGUCUUUGGGCAUCCUCAGCUGUGCGUAUCUCCAAGACGAAGAUUCACAGAUCUCCCUACUCCUGUUCUCACCCUGCAGCUGUGCUUCAAAUCCCUCUGCUUUCAGCACUGCUUUGAUGGGCUGCAGUGGCUGCUUGUCACCACCCCUGUCCUCCUCACCUCCUGUUCCUUUUACAGUCCAACAGUUCUCCCCAGCCGUCUUGUCUUCAGGUAUGGACACGGUUUCCUUUUCCUUUGCCCUGGUUGACACCCUCAUUUUUUUCCUGCCCCAUUGGAAACUCACAGAACACUUGAUGAACAAACUUGUUCUGAUUUCCAGCGACCCUCGGAGGGGUUCCAGGACCAGGAGGCUGUGGGAGCUCCCUGGCUGCUCAGUUUCGGCUUUCAGGCUCCACCAGCAGGAGAACGAGCAGGGCAGUCACAGCUGCAGUGUGAGCACCAGCCCCUGGCUUUGUCAUGGUGAUUGGAUUUUCAGUCCCUCUUUGCUGUCUUGGCAACCUGAGGUCAAAGAACAUAGAUGCUUCACUGUCUGGCAGCUUCUGCAGCUUUUCUGCUUUGGGCUUGUGGUAAAUGAGGUAGUGAAAGACGUAGUUUUAAUCAUCUAGAGGUAAUUCAGACAGUUGCAGAGAAGUACAUGAACUAACUCAAGAUUUCUUUCAAAUCUUCAACUGUUUGGUUUCACAUAUUUUUUCUCAGGGGAGAUUUUUGGAAUUACUAUAGCAGUAAACAUUGGAUUAAACUUAGAAUUUGCUGGAACCAUUUCCAUAGCCAAGGGCAGCUGCCUUGGCCAAAGGCUUUGAGCAGAGAAUUGUUUUCACUCCUGUUCUUAAACUGUGAGAGCUCACAUGAAGCUGAUGUGCUGCUGGCUUUGUACCCGCGCCUGUCCAAGAGUCAUCUAUGACCUGGGAUCACACAGACCUUGGAAUUAAGAGAGAAAAAUCAUCCAGUAUCUAUGAACAUAUUAUGUUUUCAUUUCUCUGUUUCUAAUUUUCCCCUUUUUAGACUCAAAAUUACUAUAAUGAAUGUUUUGAAUUAUUUAAUUUCUGAUUCAUAAAUCAACACAGAUUUUUUUUCUAGUCUAUAUAUUAUUUAUAUUCUGCAAAAAUUUUACUCACCAAAACAAAACUAGUUCUUCCAGCCUCUGAGACUGAAAGGGACGACAUGGUGGUGGUUAGUGGUGAGUUGGCAGUGCUGGGUUAAUGUUCCUAGAGGUUUUUUCCAACCUAAAUGAUUCUGUGAUUCUACAAAGUUUAUCUUCUUUAUUUGAAAAUAAUUCUGUGAUUUACCUAGUGGAGUCUGUCCUAUAAACGUGCAAAACAUUUUACAGUUACAUGUCUAAUAAAUCAAACCUGUGCUUUGGUCUCAGGACUGUCUGUCCAAAGCGUUUGUAUGUUGUAAAUAUGGGCUGCAGUCUUUAAAGCUGGGCUGUCUCUAAAAACAUCAGAACCAUGCAGAAACCCCCUCAGUCUCCAGAUGAAAACUUUGUGUAUUGAACACAGAAGCUUUAGGAGGCUUGGUUUAAAUCAGUGUAAGUACUUAUAUUUUAAAAUAUUUUUUCACCAUUUAUUGCUUCUGUUAUGUCCUUUGCCCCUAGCCCUUCUUGUGUUUUCCAAAGAAGAGAUGCAAACUAAAAUCCUAUGAAACAAUACACUCCAAAUCUGUCCUUAUUUACCAGCUGGAAAAGAUUCACUUGCCCGUGUUUUGAAACACAUGGAUUUGUUUGUCACUGGAGUCAGCUGUGUGGUUUUAGGCUCAAUAAGCCUAUCAGCCAUUUGGGAACCUAAACACAGCAGGUGAGCCAGCAGUGUUAUACCGAGCAGCAUCACUGGGAUAGGGACCUUGAGCAUCCCGUUGUCCUGUGGGUUUGAUGAGGUGGCUGAGGGACACGGAGCAGAAACCUGCCCUGUGCCCAGGUGGGAUUUGCCUUCUUGGAAGGCUGUCGGGAGAAAAGGGAGCAGGCAGCUGGAGCUGGCCUGGAGCUUUGUGUGGGAAGUUGGAGGGAUUUACUGUGCUUUGGCAGCUGCUGCCAAAGGUUGUGAGGAAUUAACAUGGUAAGGUGUUACUCUGAGGACUGUAGUUCUGUUAUACUGAAAUGCCAGUUAUUCCCGAUUUACCUGCUGAUCUCCCCAGCUGGAAUCACUGCUCCUCUUUCCUUAAUCUCGGUUGUGAGAUGUUGGAAACCAUCUAUGUUGGAAACCAAUCUUGGAAUAACUCUCCAAAAGACUUGCUGAAUUCCUGUUGACAAGGGAUUCAGUAGUUCUAGUACUAAGCCUUUUUUGUGUGUAUCCAAGUGUCAAUUCCAUAUUGUUCCUUUGCAAAAGUGCCAGAUAGCAGUUGGAUGUACCAGCACUGCUGCCUCUUUUCAAGUCCUGUCCCAGUCAGAGCACAGAGGUUACACAAAUCCACAUUGAUUACCAUUAAUGGUAUUUCUUCAGAAUUCCUGAAUAGCUCUCACUUUCUCAGUGGCCUUUUGAAGCCUCAACUGUCCUUGUCCCUAUGACCUUUUGGAAGGAUCUGCCAGCUUGUUUUGCCGCAGCACUCUGGGACUGCUCCAGCUGCCUUGUUCUGGAAAAUGAGCAUUACUGCUCCAGGGAAGCUCACUGCCUGAUUCCAUAUGGAACUUCUCUGGUGUGAGUUGCACAGGUUAUCCCAAAGUUCUAGCUGUAGCAGCUACUAACUUUGGAGGCAGGGCUGGGCAGUGGAGCCUCCAGCUGCUCCCCCCACACAGAAAAGGGGUUUUGUGUUUUCCAGGUAUUUUUCUUGAGCACUUUCAUCUUCUUUAGGAUAUCGAGUGUGCUGCCGUGCCCAGAGGUGUGUUGGCUCUUGUCCCAGCAAAGACUGGAGCCCCCAGUGCUGCCCUAGAAUGCUUCCAGCCUAGCAAGAGAGGUAUGGCAUAAAGAGAAAUCAGCCAUCCUGGUUCCCGAGGAGCUGCUUGCUGCAGCUCCUUCCUGCCAGCAUCUGACAGACAUUUCACAACCUCAGGCCAAGCUGUCAUUGCCUCAGGAAGUGUUUCUGGUCUCUUGCCUAAAUCUCCCUCACGGCAGUUUCAGUCCACUGGUUCAUUCCAUGUUUCCUGUGCAUGUGGGGAAGAUUUAUUCUCCUUUUAUAGACUCUGUAAGGUUGGAAAAAAACGCUAAGAUCAUCAAGGCCAGUAGCUGCAGUUGUGUGUCUGUGUGGUGUGUUACUUGUGGGGAGAUGGCCAUUUCCUUCCUUGCACCCAAAGUAGAUGCAGUGGAUGCAUCUGGUGUUGGAAUGGAACCUCUGCCACUGGGAUGGGGCCCUGCUGUUGUGCCCUCACUUACACAGCUCCUUGGAAAAUGCUGAGACAGGGAAGAGCUGUGGCUGCAGGGACUGCUGAGACACAGCACAAACACUCCUGGAAUGACCUGGGGACCUGUCUGCCUGACCGCCAGCACAUCGAGCAGGGACGGGGGACAACAAGACCACCUUGCUUUGUGCCAUCUUUUAAUGCCCUGCCGUUCCCCAGCUGGUGCUAGGAGCAGAUACACCACUGCUGGCAGCCUGGAAUGCUGCGUGAUGCUUACCUCAUCCUUGGGCUGUCUGCAGGAGGAGGAGGGGAGCAUGGCAGGAUAAUGAAAGGAUUACUUACAGCCAGCCUCCCCGAGCCCUGCAGCUCAUCUAUGCUGCUUUCAGAGCUGUGGCAGGGGGAGUGGGGAGGGAUAAUUUAGGAACAUGAGAAGUGAUUUAAUUAGGACGUGGCUGCUCUCUCCUGGAUGCAACCCACCACCUCCUUCCAGUGCUUGGGGCUCCCUUUUUCCUCCCUCCAGCAUGGACAGGGCUCAGCUAUGCAAGCACUGCUUAUUCUAAUUAUUAAACUGUGCACUCCUGCACCCCUGUGCUUUCCCAAGCAAGACCCCAGCAAUCCCUGUGGGUUCCAUAGCCCAGUUAUCCCAGUAAGAGCUCCUGCAGCCCAGAGAUCUCUGCAGCUCCCACUGGUCCCAUCCUAGGAGCAUCCCUGAGCUGCACAUGGGGCUAAGGUCCACAGGCUCUCGGUUACUCACUGCCAUUCAAAAGGGGUAGGUGGCAGCCCCAACACUGAUUUUCUCCCAUGUUAUUCCCCUCUGGAUUUUCACUUCUCCUUGUCCUGCUGCACCUGCCUUAUGAGAACUGUCUUCCCAGGGCACAACAAACCAGCACUGCCCUGCCAGCUAUUCUCCCAGUCCUCCCAGUCCAGCAUCACUGGAGAGCCUCAGCCAGACCUGGCUGCUGCCUGUCCACUCCCAUGCUGUCUGUGGGGAUUAUCAUCCAGGACUCACAUUAACCCUCUUAGCCCAGCCUGGAGCACGUGGGCCAGACCUGCUCCUGCCCCACAGCUCAUAAAGCCCUUCCCAGUUCCCAGAGCCCCAGCACUGACCCACUUACCUGCCUACAGCUCUAGAAGCAGAUUGAUUUCCUGCAACCUGAUUACAGCAAUGCCACAGCUCCCAGGAAAUAGAGGACUUUAUUUACAUUUUUAAGCUAAUUUGGAGAAGGAUACUGGUCUGGAAAACAGGUGUAUAGUCAGCCACAGGGAAGCAGCAAGCAACUGCUCCUGAAGCUCCAUGAAACAGUUCUGGGAGCUGCACAUAGCAAUGAUUUCAUUUUACAUUUCAUCUGUUUGGAAUCAAGGAGCAGCCAGUGUUUUCUUUCACAAUUACAAGCUGCCAUCUUAAAGCCCUGCUGAAGCUGUCUAGUUUGUUUUGUUUUUUUUGUUUUUUUUCCUCUGCUAUUAUAAUAUUCAGGAACAAAUUCCUGUGGAAGGGCUAUCUGGGUGCCAGUGGCUACUGCCAUCCCCUUUUUUUCUAUGUGCAUUAAUGAGUAGUCAAUUAAAAAUUAAUUAAUACAUGUUCUGUGCAGAGUGUGUUACUGCUGUAGGAUAGCAUAUGACACAUGAAAUGACCAAUUUUGUAAUCCUGUUUAAAAAAACCCCGCAAGUGUGCUUGAGAGGCCCCACUGGCCUCACAGGUGCCGGAGAAUUACACUCCAAUCCUUUAAUACCCUGCUGGGUGCAUCCCCAGCACCCCAGCUCUGCUGGGGAGGACUCUGUGCUUUGUGUGCCACAGCCUAACAGGAAUUUCUGUGCAUUUUUAGAAAUGAAUGUUUUUAAAUAGAGUAAAUAUCAAUGGUUAUAAGGCUCAUUCAGUAACUCUUUGGUCUUUUGCAGCUUAAAAGGCUGACUGAGACCCCUGCUAGGAGAGCUGAGAGAUGUGACUGCCAUUGACUUUCCUCUACAGAGGAACAUAAAAGUCACCCUCAGCCCAUCACUCUGUGAGGACUUUCCGGCCCUUCCCCAGCCCUGUGCUGAGCUCCCUUCUCCUCCUGUGUCCCUGUGGAUCUUUUUACUCACCUUUGUCUUGCUGACAAUGGAUUUAUUACUGAGAUUAAAGCUGAGUCACUAAGGAGGGCUCAGCCUGUGCCUCCCUGGGUACUUGUUUAACACUUGCUUUUUAAUGAGGAAGGACUCUUAUCUCAGGAAGAACAUUUCCCUAGAGAACAGCAGUGUGGGAAUGGGGAUAACUGUGGGUUAUAAUUAUAAGUCCCAUUAAUUGCACAAGUUCUCACAUCCUUUGGCUCAUAACCUUGGGCAGUUUUAGACCCUGCCCUGGUGCUGGCUCAGCACUGUCCUCGCUACUCACAGUGGGGUUCAGUCCUGUCUGGGUCAGUAUCAGGGUAUUUGUGUACUGCAAGGCUCAAGUCCAGCCUACCCUAGCCCUGUGGGGUCCUGGUUUCUGUGGGUCUAGCUGAACCUUGUCCUUGUGACUGGAACCCUGGUGGCAGCAGGGUGGCAGUGGGUGGCACGA